GCCAAUUUCUAUAAAUAUGCAACUCUGCUACUCCUCCAAGACAGUGGAGAAUUUACUUUAAAUCUCCAGUGUGUUUAAUUUGUAAGAAAUCGAAUCAAAAUGAAGCACUCGACUAUUCUCCUGUUGAUGGCACUCUUCAUCGCCUAUGCAUACGCCAACGACGAGUACUGCGAUCCGGAUAGUGAUGGCAAGCCGAUUUGUCCGGCCAACUCAAAAGGUGAAACUUAUCGCAAUUUCUGGGAUCCGACAAGGUAUUGGAUUUGUGUUAGCGCCGGUGAACCGAUCUCGAAACGUUGUCCAAGCAACACCGGCUACAGUGGCAUCACAAAUAAAUGUAUAUCCUGGAUUGAUUGGGUCUGGGUGCCGCCAUGUGGUUUUGACCAGUAAUAAAAAAUUAUAGAAAGAUGUUAUGGUUGAAAGGUUUUUGUAAUUCUUUACUUUUUAAAAUGUAGUGUAUUAUAUCUGGUUAUAAAUGUGCAUAAAUUGAAAAUAAUAAACUGAGAAUUUUACUCAUAUCA